GUGCCGUCACUGCCUAGUUACAACCGCCAGGAAGAAAAAGAUUUAACUUAGUAACCAGGUCCGCUCAGACACGGUGGAGCUCGGUUUAAACGCUGUUUUAGAGCUUUUAUCUUGUUUUUAGCAAAGUUUUACGGUUAAUUUUUGAAGUUGAGGCAGAAAAAGGUGGAGGUUAAAGGCGGAGAAUGGGCAAAAAACAGGAGGAAAACCCGGACUCAGAGUACGGAGAACCUGCUCAGUUUGACCCAAACUUCAAUGGACCCAUAAAGAAAAGGGGAUGCACUGAUAUAAUCUGCUGCAUCCUGUUCAUGGCUGUCAUCCUCGGCUACAUAGCAGUCGGGAUUUUAGCUUGGCUCUAUGGAGAUCCAAGACAUGUUCUUUAUCCAAGAAACUCAACCGGGUGGUUCUGUGGCAUCACACCAAAUCAAGGCCGACCCAGCCUGCUCUACAUGGACAUUCUUAAAUGUGCCACAUCCGUUAAUGUUAUGGCAACUGCUCUCAACGGUUUUCAGUGUCCAACCACACAGGUGUGCGUUUCAACCUGUCCCUCUGAGUUCUGGGCUGUGGGAAUACUGGAAUAUACCAAAAAGCCAGCAGAAGUUUUCAAUCAAAGCCUCUGUGUGCCACACUUAGACCUGGCAACUACUGAACUGAGUGUUAAAGAGAUUGUGGACAAGGAGCUGUGUCCUUUCUUCUUAAUGCCUACAACCUCUGUGCUGGGGAGAUGUUUACCCGAUAUCACAAAACUGGCAGAUAUCCCUGCAGAGUUUUCCAAAGUUCCAGGAUUACCCUCCUCUGUCAAUGAAACAUCCUCCCUAAUCAUGAACGGCACUGGUGAUAUUGUGAGAGGCUUCAAUGCCAGAGAGAUUGGCGUCCGAAUCUUUGAGGAUUUUGCAUCGUCAUGGCCGUGGAUCCUGCUCGGUCUGCUAAUAGCCAUGGUGCUCAGUCUGCUGUUCCUGUUGCUGUUGAGAUUCACUGCUCCAGUCAUGGUGUGGGUGCUCAUCAUAGGAGUCCUGGGUGCCGGGGCGUAUGGUAUAUAUCACUGCUACUGGGAGUACGAGAACUACAGGAAGGCCUCCGCUUCCAUCACUGACAUUGGUUUCACCACUAACUUCAAUGUUUACCUGCAAGUCAAAGAGACCUGGCUGGCCUUUUUAAUAAUCAUAUCUGUGGCGGAGGCGAUCAUUCUCCUGACGAUCAUUUUCCUGCGGACCAGAAUCCUCAUAGCCAUCGCCCUCAUCCAGGAGUCCAGCAAGGCAAUCAGUCACAUGAUGUCCACUCUGCUGUACCCUCUGGUCACCUUUGUUCUCCUCGUGGUGUGUGUCGCCUACUGGGGCGCCACUGCUCUAUAUUUGGCUACUUCAGGAGGCCCAGUCUACAAAGUGGUGGCUCUCAACUCCAGUGUUGAUGGUUGUGGGAGUAUUAACGGCACCGUGGACUGUGACCCACAGAAAUUCAACUCCUCAGAUUACCCAGACUGCCCCUCAGCCAGCUGCAUCUUCAUCAAAUACAACAGCGAGGGCGUCUUCCAGAGGAACCUUUUUAACCUGCAGAUCUACAACGUGGUGGCUUUUCUCUGGUGUGUCAACUUCGUCCUCGCUUUGGGGCAGUGUACGUUGGCGGGGGCCUUUGCCUCCUACUACUGGGCCUUCACCAAACCGGGCGAUAUCCCAACAUUUCCCUUGUCUGCGAGCUUCAUACGAACACUCAGGUACCAUGUGGGCUCUUUGGCGUUUGGUGCUUUGAUUCUGACGCUGGUGCAGUUAGUGAGGAUCAUUCUUGAGUACAUUGACCACAAAACAAGAGCGGCGCAGAAUCCAUGUGCACGUUUCGUGCUGUGUUGCAUGAAGUGCUGCCUCUGGUGUCUGGAGAAGUUCAUCAAGUUCCUCAACAGGAACGCUUACAUCAUGAUUGCCAUUUAUGGGAAAAACUUCUGCGUCUCCGCCAAAAAUGCUUUCAUGCUGCUUAUGAGGAAUGUAAUAAGGGUUGUGGUGCUUGAUAAAGUCACAGACCUGCUGUUGUUCUUUGGGAAGCUCCUGGUGGUCGCAGGAGUCGGCGUUUUGUCCUUCUUCUUCUUCUCUGGUCGAAUACUGCUACCAGGAGACACUUUCCGCGCUGAAACCCUUAACUACUACUGGAUGCCAAUCAUUACGGUGGUGUUUGGUAGCUAUCUCAUAGCUCAUGGAUUCUUCAGUGUGUACAACAUGUGUGUGGACACACUCUUCCUCUGCUUCUUGGAGGACUUGGAGCGUAACGACGGAUCUCUACAGAAGCCGUACUUUAUGUCCAAAAACCUCAUGAAGAUCCUCAACAAAUCCAACAAAGCACCAAAAAAGGGGAAAGGGAAAGACUGAAGAUCCAAACCUCAUGAAACCAAACACACAAGGUGUCAAAGAUUUUCAGGAUACCUAAAUUUGCAUCUUUUAAACUCUCAACACUCCAUUUUUUCCACAAUGUUUACCAAAACCAAUAUGCUGAUUUUGCACUUUUUAAAUCUUGUUGGGGUUUUUUUUUACUGUGUAUGUAUAUAUGUAGUAUUAUUGAUCGUGCACAUGAAAGGACUGAGCUUGUGAAUGCAGGUAAUGAAAACAUUUUCAGUUGGAAGGUGCCCUACGUGACCUAUUUCUUUGUUUGCUUAAAUAAUGUUUAAUUUGUCUUAUAAUGACUGAGAGUCCCAAAAUAUUAUUAUUCAUAUAUAUUCAUAUGACUUAACAUUGAGGCUGCACACUUCAGAAAUUUUAGAGUGAUUUCUUCGUAAAGGACUCGAAUGUGAUUUAUUCAGAUAGAACAAAAAAAAUGGCAAAUGACUAUUGCAAAAAAAAAAUUUCUUUUAAGUAGUAGAUAUUUGCAAAGUAAAAAAAAAGUUUUAUAAAUACAACAUAUUUUUAUGACCAUGAUAUUGAUUGUAUUGAAAAUACUGUAAUAAUGUUGUAAAUAUGACUGUACAUAACCCAUCAGUAAACUACCAUGUUUGGAAUCAUUUUCUAAUGUUAUUAGAUUACCCAUUUCAGAACAAAAUACAAAAAUACAAAAAAAAAUUCCACAUUUUACUUUUUUUCCCUC